AUGCGACCGGUCAUUUUAUUUAGCCGGUUUUGCGCUCGUCGAGCCCCCCAAGCUCCGAAGACUCCUGUGAACAUUGCACGAUGGCAUUCGACAUUCCGAGCAGGAAUACAACGUCCUCCUCCCUGGAGGAAUGUACAGUUUAGCAGCAAAGUACUUAAAGCAACAGCAAAUGUUGCUCUUGGAACCGCGGUUUUUGUCAAGUUAUCCGAAGACGAUAAUGGAGAGGCGGAAAAGACAACCGAGGGUCGCAUGCUCGAAGCGUCGCGAGAGGAGUUAAGAAAGACAGUCCGCGAUGACGAGAGAGGAAUCUACCGUUUAGGCCAUACGUUAGUCAUAUUUCUGGACUCCUAUUUCUGGGAACCCCUCUGUACUGGUCUACGAUUCAUCGAAUUGGUCUUCAUAUUCAUGCCGGUCAUAUUCGCGGUCCCAGCCAUAUGGGUUGGGAGUCGCCAUGUGCACCGCGAUAAUGAACGGUCUGGUACAUUAUGGUGGUAUAACUUCUUAGUAAAGGCCAUGGAGGCGGCUGGGCCAGCAUUUAUCAAGCUUGGCCAAUGGGCAGCUUCAAGAACUGAUAUCUUUCCGACAGAAAUGUGUAAUAUCAUGGCUAAACUACAUUCUCAUGCACCAGCGCACUCCCUAGAAGCAACGAUGCGGAUAGUGGAAAAGGCAUUCGAUGGGAGGAGAUUUGAGGAGAUUUUUGAAGAAUUUGAGCAAUCUCCUCUUGGUGUCGGAGCCAUUGCGCAGGUCUAUAGAGCAAAAUUGAAGCCAGACCUUGCUGCGCCAGGGGACGUCGAUGUCUUAGAGACUCGUGGUAACCUUCGGCGACAAGUUCGACGUAAAGUCGAUACAGUUUUGAAGAGUGUGCCAAAGCGCGUCCCAUCUUCUUACGUCGCUGUUAAAGUAUUGCACCCGCGAGUCGAACGAACCGUCCGGCGUGACCUUCGUAUCAUGGGCUUUUUCGCUUCUGUCCUUAACAUUAUACCAACGAUCGAAUGGUUAUCUCUGCCCGACGAAGUUACGCAAUUCGGGGAGAUGAUGAAGUUACAACUUGACUUACGUAUAGAAGCUGCAAAUCUCGCCAAAUUUCGAAAGAACUUUAAAGACCGAACGACGGCCUGGUUCCCAUUCCCGUACCUUGAGUUUACCACGCGAGAGGUUCUAAUUGAAGAAUUCGCACAGGGAAUGCCUCUAGCAGAUUUCCUAGAGAACGGUGGGGGUGUGUUUCAACGGGAUAUUUCACAGGAGGGUCUUGACGCUUUCCUACGCAUGCUGUUAAUCGAUAACUUCGUGCAUGCUGACUUACAUCCCGGCAAUAUUAUGGUUCGCUUCUAUCAAGCAGAUAAACCUGGGCUUAGUUUGCGCCAGUCAGGUGACGGCCAAGGGCCUCAUCCUCAAAAACACGCUGAUGUGACCGAACAAGUCCUAGCGCGGCUUCGCCCAUACCGCAAACGAAGAGAUUCUACAGCGUGGAAGGCGGAGCUGAAGAAGAUCGACGAGGAAGGUUUUAGACCACAGCUCAUAUUCAUUGACACUGGGCUCGUAACUGAGCUCAAUGCCACGAAUCGUCGCAACUUCUUAGACCUCUUCCGCGCCGUUGCUGAGUUUGAUGGAUAUAAAGCUGGGCACUUAAUGUGUGAACGUUGCCGUCAGCCUGAUGCGGUUAUUGACAAAGAAGUCUUCGCCCUGAAGAUGCAACACCUCGUCCUAAACGUCAAGAGCUCGACUCUCGCUUUAGGUAGCGUCAAAAUUGGGGACAUCCUGCAACAGGUCCUAGACAUGGUUAGGCAGCACCAUGUAAGACUAGAAGGCGAUUUCGUAAACGUUGUAAUUAGUAUCCUGCUCCUCGAAGGUAUCGGUCGUAGUCUCGAUCCCAACGUGGAUUUAUUGAGCAGUUCGUUACCGAUUCUUAGACAGCUAGGUGCGCAAGGUGGGGCCGAUAUGAUAAAGGGCGGCGAUUUUUCGAUGUUCUUCGUCUGGGCAGGAUUGGAGGCCAGAAGAUUUAUGCAAGGUAGCAUCGAAGACGUCGAGAGAUGUGUCAAAUACGAUUUAUUAUCACCAAACAUUUAA